AUUGAAAAUUGAUUGGGACUUGCAUAAGUAAUGAACCAAUUCUGUGGAGCUCUAUUCUUGAUUUCGCCAUUGGGAGGAAGCUUUUACAAUGGCUGAAGAGUAAAUUAAAUUGAAAAUGCCAUGAGUUGAAUAAAGAUGAUUGGGAUUCCCCCCAGCCAGAAACGGCCUUCGUCUUUAGUUUAUUUAAUAUUAAAAAUAUAUAUAUUAAGCCAAAAUAAUUACGUCACGUUACUUAUGAAGACAAUCGGCAAUGUAUGACGGAAUUAGUUCAAUGUACUUAUCAGGAACAUAUGCUGUCUAUCUCGCGAUUACUUCUCUGCUCAUCUAAAGCCGCUUCGGAGAAAACCGAAAACGCGACCGAAAUUUCAUCGCAGUUUAGUCCCUCGAAAUAUAUCAACGAAGCAUAAUCAAAAACUGCGGAACCGGCAAAAAAUUAAAUAUUAAAUUAUUUGAGUCGAAUAAGUGAUAAUAAGUUUGUCGCUGAAAUUCAACCAGUUUCAAAUCAUAUAAAUAGCUUACAGGAUGUCGCGUCUUCAAAGGAGGCUCACUUGCACCUUGGUUGUGGCUGUAAUACUUUUGACGCUAAUCAUCGGGGACGCCAUGGGAAUGUCCAGUGGCAAAAGCCGAAGUAGCAGUAGCCCCCGGUCGGGUUCUAGUUCCAGCUCAGGUUCCAGCUACAAGUCUAGUUCAGGCGGUUGGUCCUCAUCACGCUCUUCCUAUAAGAGUUCUUCAAUUGACUUUGGUAGUACAGCCUACAAAUCGACUUACAAGCCAUCCCGCAAAUCCAGGCCCAGACCCUACUACAGCCCCUACCUCUACAGCGAAAGCAGUUUUGAAGUUCCCUCUAGCUUCGAUAACGAUGAAAGCGAUUAUGACUACGUAGAAGAAAUACUUCGUCGUAACCAUGCAGCCCCCGGAAAACUUUCUGCUACCUACGAAAACAUUGCUCUUUGUGUUUUGUUGUGCUUGUGCUCACAAUUAUAUUAA